AUGAUGCGCCAACGUACUCUGCCAAAGGUACUGAAUGGGCUGGAAGUGAACGAAGGCAAGCCGUCGCAAAAUUACAGUAGCCUGUAUGUGUCUACAAUUCAGAGGUACUUGCCAACAUUGUUCAACAGUCUUCGGUUGACUGAUCAAGGGCUUUGGAGCGAAUUUGCGCGCACAAUGAACUGCGAAACAGCAUUCCCGCCUGCUGUCGAUACAGUUAUAUCGCCAUUCCAAAAGCUGCUUGUAAUUCAGGCAGUGCGGCCGGAGAGGCUUUUCUCUGCGAUGACGAUUUUUAUAACUGAAAUCUUAGGAGUGCAUUCAGUCAAUCCUUCACCGCUUGAUUUGGGAGCGCUUUACAGGGCAGAAAGCAAUGAAAAUGAGCCAAUUUUAAUAUUUACAAGCCCAGGAGCUGAUCCCUCUCAGGAACUGGAGGAACUGGCAAAGAAGGAAAUAUCUGGGACAAAUUUCUAUCAGAUUUCGAUGGGCCAAGGACAACUACAAGCUGCUAUUGAAGCAAUUCGCAGUACGGCUGCAAGUGGCGGUUGGGUGUGCUUGAAAAAUCUUCAUCUUGUCAUCGGCGAUUUACCUUCUGUUCAAAAAGAAUUUUUUACAGCAAGGCGGCAUGCUAAUUUUCGACUUUGGCUAACCUCCGAAUCGAAUGAAUCUAUCCCGCCGCAGUUGCUACAGGCUUCUUUAAAAGUUACAUACGAAGCACCUCCCGGUAUCAAAAAUAAUAUGAAGCGAUCCUACGCACAGUGGCAACAAACUGGGUUUGCGAAGGGCUCUGUGUGCCUUCAAAGUUUAUUUGUGCUAGCUUGGCUCCAUGCAGUUUUGCAAGAGCGGCGGAUGUUCAUACCUCAGGCAUGGUCGAAAUUUUAUGAAUUUAAUAACAGUGAUUUGCGAGUGGCAAAGAAAUAUGUUGAAGACACUACCAAAGAAGGGAAAGCGGCCGAAUGGCAGCUACUACGUGGCCUGAUGCAGAUCGUUGCGUAUGGCGGACGGAUUGACAACGAUUUUGAUGUUAACGUCCUUGUCGCCUACUUGGAGCGCUAUUUCAAUCCCUCCGUUAUAGGGCGAAACGGUCCUGAAAUCGCACGUGGAAUUCCAGUGCCACUUGCAGACAGUAUCACGGAUAAUCCGGCACUUUUUGACUUACCUUUAAAUAUUGGAACGGCACGAGAGAUGAAUGAAUCCAGUGAAGCGAUUAGACAAAUGCGCAGCAUGCAAAUUGCUAGCAAUACCGACACUUUAUUUGACAGGGAUAUGUGGAAUAAAGCGCUGAAUCCGAUCUUAUCGCUCUGGAAACGGCUGAAUUCGCAAACGACUUUGCACUCUAUGAAAAUCCCUCAAGCCCAGUACACUGGCGAUCUAAUUAUGGAAAUUAUUUCUCUUGAAUAUGUGCAUGCUGUCACGCUGGUGCAGAAAGUGCACAAGUUCCUUGGUGCAAUUAGUCGGUGCUUACGUGGUGUUCAGAUUUUCACACCGGAAAUCUCAAGUGGUGCGCAAGCAUUAAUAAUGCAUCAGACACCAGAAGAAUGGCAAGAAGCCUGGGCAGGCCCAUGUGAUCCUGUUCAGUAUCUGUCAGUCUUAAUUUCUAAAGCUAAAUCAAUCGAAGAACUGUCGCGCACAAAUGCGGGCGACAAAAUUCUGGCCAUCCCAAUCAAACUCAGCAACGUUUUUCGGCCUACUGCGAUUCUGAACGCACUUCGACAGCUCACCGCAAGGUUAUUUUGGCCCUCUUUCACUGCUGUUUUCAGGAAAAGAAACGUGACGAUGGAUGAGCUGAAAUUGAGUACUGCAUGGAGUGCUGCUUUUCUAAAAAAUGAAACCGUAGCGGAACUGUCCGGGAUUCAUAUUCAGGGUGCGCUAUUUGAAGGGCACAUUGUGGAAGCACAGCAGACGUCGCCUUCUAUCACAUCGGCUCCGAAUUUAUGCAUUGCUUGGAUUCCUGCUGAUGCACCGGAUGUAUAUGAAAGGGACAAAUCUAUAUUUGUACCUCUUUAUAAUAGACCAGAUCGGAGCGAGUUUAUUGCUAAAGUGCAAAUACCAUGUACAAAAAGCUUGGAGCAUUGGAAAAUUGCUUCGGUUGCAUUGUUUCUGUCCAGUCAAUAG